AUGUUUUUGUUAAAAAGACAAGCUUGGAAGCUGCCUUUUAAAGGAAUUCGAAGGGUGUCAUAUCGUAACGUACAUCAAAAGCCAUCCGAAAAUUCUACGCAUAAUACGAAUUCUUUGAAAUAUUAUGGUAUAGCAACGACAAUAUUGGGAGCCGGUGUGAUAACUUUAUUUUAUGGUUUUCGAAGAAAAGGUCAACAAACGUAUAAUUCCUCAUCGUUGAACGAUAAUGAAGAGGAUGGGGGAAGGAACAAUACAAUUAUUAGGUCACCUAGAGAGGCGACAGCAAAAUUACGAGAAAAUCAAAUCUCAUUCUUAUUACAAAGGAGUAAUGGAAUAUGGAGGUACGAUUCUAAUCAAUUGGGAUCAAAUUAUCCAGUUGAGGAUAUGAAAAGUGAAGAAUUUGUGUUUAAUUCACCAAAAAGAAGCAAGGUUGAAAGUACAGUGGGAGAUAGGUUAUUCUUUGGUGUAUUCGAUGGGCAUGGAGGGUGGACCACAUCCAAAUUGUUAAGUAAAAAAUUAAUACCAAAAGUAAAAGAGAAUUUGGAUAAAGCGAUUGAAGGAAUUGGAGAGUAUUCAAAUUUAAUAUCAGACAAUCAAGAAUUAAACAAGAAAGCGAUAGAAAGAGCAUUUGUCGAAUUAGAUGAAGAAGUUGUAAUUCAUUCUAUAAAUAAAUUAUUAAACACUAAAGGACUUUUUUCUAUCGAAGAAUGUUUAUUAUCAGCUUUGUCAGGUAGUUGCGCACUUUUGGCCUAUAUUGAUGCUGCUAAUAAAGAUUUAUACAUUGCGUGCACAGGAGAUUCAAGAGCCGUACUUGGUGUAAAGGAAACUGAUAACGAAAAGGGAGGGAAAAGAUGGAAAGCUGUCGCGUUAAGUGAAGAUCAAACUGGAAGAAAUGAAAAUGAAGUUAAAAGAAUUGAUAAGGAACAUCCGGGGGAAGAAGGUAAUAUUAUAUUAAAUGGUAGAGUAUUUGGAGGAUUAGAGCCAACGAGAGCUUUUGGUGAUUCAAAAUAUAAAUGGGAUAUGAAAAUGCAGGAUGGGAUUUUUACUAAAUUUUUUAAGAUCAAAAGAGGGUUAGCUGGUGGGAGUAGAAAUAAAACACCACCUUACGUUACGGCAAGACCAGAAGUAACGUGUCAUAAAUUAACGGAAAAUGAUAAAUUCUUGGUGUUAGCAACUGAUGGAUUAUGGGAUGAAUUAUCAAAUGAAGAAGUUGUGGAACUUGUCGGUGAAUUUUUGGAUGGAAGAAGGGAUAUUAUUGAUGAUAAAGAGAAUCCCCCUAUCUUGAAAGAAGACGAAUUAAAAUGGGAAAAUUAUAAGCAAGAAAAAGCGUUUACUUUUGUUGAUGAAAAUGCUUCCACACAUUUAAUUCGAAAUGCAUACGGAGGAGCAAAACAAGAUCAAGUUUGCGCUUUAUUAUCUCUUCCUUCUCCAAUUUCAAGAAGAUUUGUUGAUGACAUUACCGUGACCGUCGUGUUCUUCGGUCCAGAUAAUCAAUCGAAUAAAAAAGUUCAGGAAAGCUAA